CACAAGUCGGCGACGCGGUGGCCUCGGAUGUGCGCAUGGCACGAUAUCCGCUCCCUUUGGUGUAGGCGCUCCCGGUCUGGCGGCACGGGUAUUUAUGGGGGCUUCCGCCGGUACCGGACCGGCAUUGUCGUCGUGCAGCGGCCAGGAGCGAGACGCGACCGACCAGGGAGGAGAAGCACGGCGCGCACCGACGAUGGCCGCUGGCUACUGCGCCCGGCAGAGGCCGCUGGCCGCCGCCAGCAGCGGCGCGCCGCGGCGCACCGUCGACGCUUGCGGCGAGGCCUUCGCGACGCUGCAGCACAGCGGCCAGCACAGGGCGGGCUCCCAGCGGCGCGGACCAAUGGUGGAGGCGCCGCUGCCAUGCCAGAUCCGAGAAAUCGUCGCCUCCGACACGCUCCCGCUCCGACAGAGUGUGCUCCGACCCGACCUGGUGCGCGUCGACUACCGCGGAGACGAGCUGCCGACCACCGCACACUUCGGAGCCUACGUCGACGGCCGUUUGGUCGGCGUCGUGUCCGCCUUCCACGAGUCACUCGUCUUUCCCGAAGCACAGCGGAUGGCCGCCGAGCCGCAUAACUGCGCGCCACCAUCUGCCGGCGUUGCGGCUGACGUCCCAACCGAUGGAUUGUCAACGACAGCUGCAGAUUUGGACGUCGAGCCUGCCGGAAAAUUAGGCGACCAGCAACCGGGAAGCGAAUCGAACGAGCUGAUAUGCGACCAGAUUUCAGCGCUUUCUGUGAUCGCGCCCUACGAACGGCACAAAGAGACGGCGCCAGCGGUGGCUGAUCCGACAGCAGACACGCAGCCUGCCACCGUUCACGACAUGAACGGGGCCUGCCGCGAGGAAUACGGUCCGAGCGUCGCGCCGACCGGCUCGAAGACGGGAACCGGCGCGUCUGCGAAGGUGUCGGCGGAGCGCCCCGUGCGCCCCCCGCUGCCAAGCGUCGAGAGGGCCAUCCAGCUGGCCUCGGAAGCCAGCUCGUGGCGUAUCCGGGGUCUAGCCGUCGAUCUCCCGCUGAGGGGCCGCGGAGUUGGCUCUCGCCUCAUCUCGACGUGCAUCCAACACGCCACCGACAAGCGGGCCGCCUGCGUGUGGUGCGUGGCCCGCUGCUCGGCCGAGCCCGUCUACGAGAAGAUGGGCUUCCAGAGGGCCGGUCAGGUCUUUCGUUUGGAAGGCAUCGGACAAGUGUGCUACAUGAUUCGGGCCUUGCUCUAGCUCUGUCCAGGAUGCUAUGUGGGGGUGGUGGACGGACAUAUUUUAUGCGCGUGUGCAGAACUAGAGUGCGCCUCGAGAAUGCGCUUGUCUUACGGUUAAAGGCGCCCCCUUUAGCUUUCGGGCAUUCGACGAACCACAGACGGAGCCUGGUACUGUUGGCGUGUGUCCGAGUUUCUUGAUUGGAGACGGCCACCCGCGUUCGUUGCUUCCGCCGCCAUGCAUCGCCAUGUGCGUGGGCGAACCACGAAAGGGUGACGACGGCCGGUGUGAUGCUGUUGUGGCUCUCAAGCGCUGCUAUCCCCAAAAGUGAGCACAGAGAAAGACUACCCGACGAUCGCACCUUUUGGAGUGAAGAGUGGUUUUGUAUACGGGAUUGGGGGCUCUGGCUGUGGCUAUGGCGGUUAACUAAAGUCACGGCUUGAUUGGUAAACGCUUCAAAGGUGCCUUGCAGGACAUGUCUACAUUGGCUACUCGGGCGGCAAACGGUUACAUGUCUUGCUGUUUGCGUCAGUUUCUGCGCGUGCCUAAGGUGCGUCGGCGACUGCGUGUAGCGUCGAUCACACGGCAACUAUGCGCUGCUCCGAUAAGUGCCACGUCAGUCGUAAACACUUGUUGCUUUCCUUUCACGAGAGAGUGACGGUGGCAGCGCAGAAGGGAUGUCGCGUUGGGCUUCACGAAACUUGUCGUGCACUGUUUAUAUAUGUACGUCCAGUUACGGUGGUUGUCGAUAAGCCUUGUCUGAUUAUGACGGCGAUGACAGCUUCCAGCGUACUUACGCGCCUAGCCUGUCUAACUUUUUCGAGCUGUACUUUCGCAAUAGGCGACAAUCCGAGUGGUAUACAGCUCGCAAUACCUUUCAAUUCGCAUAAUGUUUUUUAACAAAGGCUCUAGCCCUCUUCUUUUUUCCCCCUCGGGACAGAAGGCGUGUUGGUCAACUGGGCGAUGGCUCGACAGAGAGACGUCAGCAUUGUGAAGGCUGUCCCGGUGCUAACACUGCAUUAAGAUCGUCACUGUCGCCAUGAUCCUUUACUCUCCCCUACUUGAUAAAAACCUUUGCGAAUCUUCAUUCCCAAGUGCCGUACUACAUCGCGGGCGUCGGUAGUAGAAUCGCGAGAAAGUUUACCACCGCUCUUUUAUCAGCUCCCUUUUUUCACUCUUUCUACACUUAAUAUACACAAUCAAUACGCUUUUAGUGAUAUAUAGUUGAGGGCGUUCUAAGGCCUUUUUCGCUUCUGGAUGCUUAAUACUUUUUUUUUUCAUAGUAUGUAAUUCGUACUCUAUACCGUCCCCCUACUGUUAUUUCGGUACCAUCUGUAAUGUUCAAAUCUUUGGAGGACGAAAGCGAUCUUUGUACACGUACCAGUGGGCAGCACUCGACCUAACUUUGCCUUAUAUAUGCAUAGUCCUUAGGGAGACCACCAGACGUGUCCCCCAAAACGGGGAUGCCAGUAUAGAGACGACAUUCGUGAGCUUUUCAAUGAUCCUCCUGUCCGAUGCAUUCGCGCUUCCAAUGGUGCCAGCUCUCAAAUCAUAUAAGCCGAUCGCGCACAAUGUUCUUACCGCACGACAGCCACGGGCUACUACAGAUUUCGGUAGCUCUUGCAGACAGAAACGUCAUGCAAAACAGGGAAUAUCGCAGAUUGACUUUUUUAAAAUUCUUCGCCACUGUAAGCUUGCCCCAACCAGUUGUUCUGAGCCUAGAAUUUUUCGUCUUGUGCCGCGAACCAUUUAGCCUAAUUCGAAGAUUUCUGUGGACAUUCGGCAGUUCGUGCUUUUAUACGACAUCAUAUAGCAUUAACAAGUUGCGGUGGUAAGAGCUUGAACAGACGUUUUGCUAACAAGAGAAAUGUACGGUGAAACGUACGUGGUUUCCUAGACGAUCGGUGUGUGCCAUUGUAGUGAAGAGAAAGUGCAGGUAUAUCGAGUUAAGAAUUGCUUAUGAAUACAGAUAUAAAUGCUGCUUCCGCCUAAGCUGUUGGCUCGUUAGUGCAAAGAAAGAGGCAGCUGUUGACUCGUUUCGUACGAUAUCGACGUUUUUGCGAACAUUAUUUGCCAGUUUCGUCCGGAAUUAACCGCAUGUCCCUCAUGUGCAAUAUGCUAACACCUGACCGCUUCUAAUUAUCGUCAGGAUGCGUAUUAUUUCCUUACACACCAAUGCUGAUGCAGGAUUGUAGAUUUCAGGAAAGUGCGUCAAGCUGCAGGUGACACCCCGUCCCAUAGACUUUGACUGUUUCCCCGACUGUGACCUUUGGCAGUUCACCACGGCCACCGUGGAGUUUCUUUCCGCUAAUGCAUAUUUUGUGGCAGACUAACGGAUUCCAUGCACCGAUUUGUUAUAUUAUUUGUACUGCGCGCUUUGUAUGCAGCAAUAAAACCAAGCAUGCUGGCUCUAAUUAUAUUCUGAUUUAGCGGUAGAACAUGUAGAACGUCUAUUCGGAUAUCCAGAGACAUUUUUAGCUUCUCAAUGCGACCAGUUAAAGCUUCUUUUGCUUACGAACGGCGUUGCGUCUUCGGUGAAAGAGGCUGCGAGCACAGAUUAUGUGGACAUUAUAUUUAAUCAGUCAAAAUGCCCGGCAACCUGCGGCAAUGAUUCCUAUAACUUUGCAGCAGCAUACUGAGCCAUGCACUUUUACCGACGUUUCCUGGUAAGCGCUUCGCCUUUUUAGCGGCAGAUGGCGCCACCGCUCUUUAAGUCAUAAGAUCGUAGUUGUUCAAAGCCACGGAGGAAGGAAACUAAGGAGAGGCCCUGACGUCACUCUUUGUGAAGCAAAAGUGAAGCCGGAAGUUGGCGUUGCUCAUGGCGAUGCUCCGCCUUUUGUGCCACCCUCCUCUCUUGUUUACAUCUUUCGCGAAACCACGCCGCGCUGCGCGUGGUUUCGCACGCGGAGCGCGCGCGCUCGCGCAACAUCCGGCAGAGCACGGUGCAGGUAACACAGCGCAACAAGACACGGUGACUAACGCAAACCCGCCCACACAGCGCCUUUGCCACGGCACGAAACCUACCAGAGCAACACGUGUGCGCGCUCAAAAAAUCAGAACAACGCCGCCAUUGUGGCCCAAAAGGCGUGGCCAUGCAGCAAAAAAAAUAAAAAAGCAGCAAAAGAAAUGAGAACCUAUACGUCAUUUCCGCCACACUUUUCUCCUAGCGCGCGGAGGGGGUAGGGCCUCUCCUUAGUUUCCUUCCUCCGUGUUCAAAGCUUAACAGUAGACAAUGGCGUAAGGCACGCAAGUGGGAAGAAUAACUGCGAAGCUGAUGACACCGCACAACACUUACCGAAGAAUUUCCAAAUGUUGCAUUGACGUUGUGACGUCAAUAGGAGUAGGAACAACAGCUUUGUCUACUCGUAAUCGAAAAGCGGCCGGUCAUACAGUCGCGAGCUACCGUCUCCGCACGCUGUAGUGAGGGCAGAGAAAGUGCUUGACGGCUUCCUCGUGGUCGCACCCGUAUAGCAGCUAACAAUGUCGGCCAUUUUAACGAGACGAGGGAAAGUUUUCGUGCAAAUAAGUUCCAGAGCCUUAGUGAACAAAGAAAUAAGGUCGCUUCGAUAUAAUCAGACAGCCUGCAUCUCCUUAGCCUUCUCCCUCCUCCAGGAGGGAGAAAGCUGUUAACUUACCCUCAAUAACUUGAUUUCUCUCUCCUCUCAAUCUUUGCUUUAGUGCAAAAGUGGAGUUCAAUAAAGCCAGCGCGUCGGGCCGGCUAAGCAAUCGCACCUUCUUAUUAGCGAUGCCUUCGACAUGCUCGCUCCGCUGUUUUGGUUGUAAACAGAGCGCUACGAAGCAGAAUGCCGGAACGCGAAGACGUCACCGACAGCAGCAGCGCUGGUGUCGCCAACUUGUGGUGCUUUCUUCAACCACAACGCCUCAGAAACGCUUUUGCAUGAAUUCAUUGUUUUCGCUGAAAAGAGAGAGAGAAAAACAUAUACUACGUGGUGAUGAUUGUUGCUGCCAAUGUCUUUGCACUAGUAGACAGACAGAACAUGGUCGUCGCAAGACUGAUUAUGCGCGCUCUGGUUGACAUAAGCGCCACAAAAUGGCGCCACCAGCACUGCGGUAGAACGGCCCAGUAAACUCUAACUGGAACGCGCAUCUGCCUCAAAUAUUUCGGUAUCCCGUAAACUGUGAUACCAGAAACGACCAUGACAGACUGGUGGUAACGUUUACAGGCAGGCACUCUAAGAAAGGAAGUCGGACAACACAAGCACUGAUGUCUCCUUGCAAGAUAGGAACUACGUCGGCACAGUGGCCUCGCAUGCGUCACGACCAUGCGCACUCUAUUCAAAUUUGUUUUGAACUGCACCCGAACUUUCGAUGCACGCAGGAGGCGAAUUACACUGGUCGAUCCAGGGCAAUUUUUUCUCCCUUUCUGCUUCCGGUUGCGCAGAAUUGGUUUUCCAAUGGUCGAUGCGGGAGCCCGUUCGCGUUUUUGUCUGAUCGUUACGAAUUGGCGUCGCUCUUCGACAAGUCGCGUGUUCUUAAAAAGAGAUUCUGGGGUUUUACGUGCCAACACGGCAAUAUCAUUAUGAAGCCCACCGUAGUGGGGUCUCGGGAUUAAUUUUGACCACCUAUGUUUCUUUAGUUAACGUGUGCCCGAUGCAUCGUUGUUUUUGCAUUUCGCCCCCAUCAAAAUGCGACCGCCGCGGCCGGGAUGGGAUCCCGCAACCUCGGGCUUAGCAGCGCAACACCAGAGUCACUACACCGCCACGGCGAGUAGGUCUUAUGUUCUUGCUUCCAUUGUCAUGGUCAGGAAGUGGAGACGUGGGAAUCAUGUCUCUUUUGCACUGUUUUAGCGCCUUCUACAUAAAAAUGUGCUCGCAGCUUCCCCCUUUUCCGCCCUUCCCCCCUUAUUCGAAUUUAUUAUUACUGUGCCAGAUUUGUUUGUUGCCAUAGAAAGAGCUCACGUUAGCGACGAAAUCCACACCAUAUUGGCUCUUAAAGCACUCCAGACAACAGCGGUAUUGAGUCGACAGUGACCCUGACACUUCAAUAACCAAGCGCGUACUCGUCGUAAGUUUCGCACGCUGCUUCCCGAAUCCCCUAUCCGAAACAACUUCCGAUGUGAUCCAAAGCCUGGUGCGCUGUUUUCCGCUGGCAAUCUUAACAAAUGGCUCGUUGGAAGGUCCGAGUUGCCCCCACCGGGAGAGAUCAUUGGAAUUCGGCCACGUGACGCAGUUUUCUCCUUUUCUGUCUGAUGCUGAUUCAGGCAAGAUGAAAUGUAUUGUAGAAGUGCUGCAUGCUGGGCCAGUUCGUUCAUACUGGAACUUUAGAAAGCCAGCGAAUAAACUGAGACGCAAACACAACGGAAAGAAGAUACAACACAACGCUGGUUUAGAAACUGACAUACAUUUGAUAAAGAACGCUUCAACCCUCGAACAUCAAACCGCCGACGCAUGCUCAAUGCUCUUAGCAAGGUACACAAUUCUUUAACUCAGUAAGCACACUAUUUUGCCUUAUCUAUUUCUACUUUCUACUUCCUUAUCUUUAAUGUUCAGCCUUUUCGAAAAGCUCUCUCUUUAUCGGACAGAGAGAUAGCAAUAUCAGUGUAGACCGAUAACACAUCAAGAAAGUCGAUGGACGACGGGUGCACAAUUCCGCUCCUUGUAAGCUGUCAGAAUUGUGCACGCGCAAUGAAAAGAAAGAAGCCUGAAAAUUCAAGCAUGUCAACAAAUACUUUAAGUGCGCGACGCAUGAUGCCGUUGAAGUGUAGUAAGGUCUAUAUUGUCCAAACAGGCCGACGCGUCAAUGACCGGGUGUGCGAGCAUUGUGCGUUGACAAACUCUCAAGGAGCUGGUUACCUGGGGUUUACUGUCCUCACUUUCGUCAGUGUGACUUGGCACCCCUUUUUCACAAAGUGAAGAUUCUUGGCAGGCGCAGGACGAAAACCGAAAGAGAAAUACUUGAGGCGUUUUAUAUCAGUAUACAAGAGGAAGGAAAAUGCAUCAGUGUUUAUUCUGUCUCUCUGAGCGAUAGAUAGCUUUUCUAAGAGGCUGAGCUUUAAAGAUAAGGAAGUAGAAACAGAUAAGGCAAAAUGUUGCCAUAAAUUUAAAGAAUUUUGUACCUUGCCAAGAGCACUGCGCAUGCGUCGGCAGUUUGAUGUUCGAGGGUUGAUCCGUUUUUUCAAAUAUAUGUCAUGUGCUGUUCUAGCGUUGUGGUGUAUCUUCCUUCCGUCAUGUCUGGGUAUCAAUUUUUUUCGGUAGUUUUCUCAAGUUUCAAAAUUAAAUAGAUUGCCAUCUGCGACUUCAUGACUGAUGGUCCUGCAAGCAUAGGCUUGGAAAGUUACUGUGCAUAACUCCCUCUCAUGAGUGUCCAAUCUAUUCACCGUUCAAUCCCGAAUAAAAACAUCGAGUAUCACACCUCAUUUGAUCCUUGCGUACAGUGCAAGGCGUUGCCAUACAGACAACAAUUUGACGAAUAUGUGUAGGCCACGCACAGACGAAAAAUAAAUAGCCAGCUUAUGUGGGAAACACUCGAAUGUCUCCAGACCGCACAUUUCCUCCACACUACAACCGCUGCUGAUCAAAUGCGCCUUCGUGACCAAGUUAGCGUCUUCCUUCCACAUUACUCCCGGAGCCCUCAAGGAACGCCCGUUGCACAGAAAGCAGCACCUCGGGGAGCCGUAUGCCACCUCUUUUAACCCUUUUUACUACGCUCUCCUCAUAGAAAUCUGACAGACUUCCGAGAUUUAUUUUCUCUCUGCCCUCCAAGCUACAUCUAUAAACUCGUACCACUAUGCCGUCAGCUGUAUAUAUUUUGUUUGUUUUAGUCUCACGCUGUGGCUCGGAGCAAAUCGCUCGUGCUCCAUUUCGCUGUACCGUUAAUGAGCAUAUCUUUUUCGUAGUUUGGUCAGGAUGAUCCUGAGAAAACUAUUUAAAGACUGCACUGGAUCUGAUAUUCUCCUCUCACAUUUUAAUAUCUGCCAAACAAAUUUUGUCUUGCGCUUCGUUCUCUUAGAGGCAAAUGUGCGUGAAGUGUUCGGGGUGCCAGUCUUUCUUAUGUAUACGAUAUAUGUAGAGUAAAUCUUCAUGCCCACAUACUACCGCGUUCGUUUUGAUCCAGUUUCAAUCAACUGAGGCACAAUUAUAUCGAGCGAGCAUUGUUACUCCUUUCGAUCUGCGGUAUUUUUCUUGCUUUUUGGAAUCAAAUCUUGCGUAAUAUAUCACUGUAAUCUCCCCAUGUAUUCAACCCUCUUUGCGUGACAUGCGUCGUAGUCGAUAUGCAUACUAUAUACAUCCCACUAAAAGCCAUGACGAAUGGAAAUACGUGGACACGUUUUCGCGUUCUUCAACUUACAACCGCCUAGGGUGGAUUUUGCGCCCGCGCUGUCUCUACAAUCGUAGUGCAGUCCGAAAGGAAGAUGUCCAACUCGCGAAAACUAGAUCAGGGUCAGUCAAGCGAAAGCGCUACAUACGCCUACAUUUACGAAGCGCAUGUUAUAAACUUCACGCUUUCUAACUUCCCUAUUGCCUUUGAGCUGCUGUUUAGAAUUAAGAAAGUGCCCAUCGAUUGCUGGUACUUUUUCUGAGGAAGAAGGGAAAUCUUGACAGACGGUCAGUUGUUGUCUGUUGUUAUUCAACAGACACACGAUGUGCCUCACUGGUGACACGUUUUACGAAAUAGCAAACGAUACCGUCAAAGGGCUGUUCACACUGCAGUGGAAAAUCACGCCCUGCUUUACAUUUAUGAUGUAUGGCUUCUACUGCGUAUUCUUGAGUACAUCAUUCAGCGUGAAUAUUUGUUAUGUAGUGGCAGUUAGUUUAGAAGUGAUGGUGAAAAAUUAAACUUGAUCAAAACUGUGGACGUUGCAAGCACCUUCUACGCAACAGGAAUGAUUGGCAUAAUUCAAGCUGCGCUGUUUGUCGCUGUGGCAACAACAUGCAACUCAGCUGUGGACGUGCUCGUGUAUCGUAUAACGAACUCGAAUGUGUUAACGUCUUCUGCGAGCGUUGUCCGCGGGCUGCAAUUUUCGACUGGCUGUGCGCGUCCCGUUGUUCUCUAUGGCCUCGUCGCCGGACUUUGAGCUUGAAGUUCAGGAACGGAGAUUGCCCUGAAAGUUAACGAACAGGGGAAAGGAGAGAUACCUCUGAAUAUCUAAGAUUCGCUCCAUCGUAUUUUUCCUCUGAGAGCACGGAAAUACUCUUUCACCGGCUCUCGCAUUCAGAAUCAAAGUCCGUAAGAAAGAGACCGGAGGACUAAGCUACACUUUAUCGUAACUGCAAGUGUGAUACCGUUUGCCAAAAGUGCUGGAGCAGAAGUACGAAACGCCACUAGCUAGUUGGCGCCAUCGCAAAAGAAUGCAGGCCACGGCUGUAGAUAUUAACAACAGUUUUAUUUUUCAUUACACCUGUACUCUGUGCACAAAAUGUUUGUCAAUAAUCGCCAACCGAGCAAGGCUCUACGGCGCGACUUUUCUCUACCGGACGCGUAUUUAUAACCUUCUUUCGUCGCACAGUUUGCAAUACGAUAGGACAAGGAAGAAAUGGGAAACCGUCCCGAAUGAUGAAACAUCACACGGAUCAUGCGAGCUUCGUAUGACUUCAUGCGUGGCCACUGAACGCUUCCCACGCCGAAGGUAGUGUGUUCACACUUGCGAUAUUUCGCUAGUCGUGAGCGAAGAGAAAGCGGAUGAACGUUAAUUAUUACGGGCUGAUGGCCACUGCGCGCGCCCGUUCCCCUAGAUUUCUGAAGCCGUUCCUCCGGUAUAAAAGGCCCAGUCUUUGCUCCAUGCGCGUCUUUUUUGGACUCACUGUAUUCGUAGAGCCAACUUCUAACUGCCUCUAUGCGUCCGUUCUAUUUUAUCGCGCCACUCAAUACUUGGCCACGAUGUUCUCAACCACUAGAAGCGGCUGUUACGUUAAAUAUAGCAAGUGCCAAUGGUAGAAACUAGGCCCUGUACUUUGGCAAGGAAGAUAAAAAUGAAGCCGUGCUCAAUACUCGCAGCGAUAUGCGCGAUACCUAUAAUCGGUGACAAACUAAGGAUACUGUCGCUAAUACACUGUUAUAUCCAACUCGGAAAGUUUGUACAUAUGCACGAGCCAGUUACGCUCGCUUCCCUAUCUGCUUCCCUCGGGAACUAUAUUAUCGAGCGCGGAUUCCCUGAAGAAUAAUUAAGUGCACUUCUGUGGGUCGAAUUCUUACAGAAUUUGUACAGAAUUCUUAGGUUGUCACCGAUCAUGGAAAGCUCAGCGUAGGCCACACUAUACUUUCGGUCCAGAAGGAGCAAACUCACCGUUGACGUCAGCACAAGCGGUCGGCCGGAUAAUGUCGAACGGAUAAACUGAGAAAUGUCUGACGGGCGGGGAUAUUAUGCCUGGAGCGGCGAGCAGACUGUCUUGGUAACGAGUGGUGUUGAGGUAUAAGAUGCUGUAGACCUUGACAACCACUAAACGUCGCAUGCUGGCAUUUCGCCUCGCCAUAAACACAGCUGCGCACUCUUCUCCUCUAUAUGCACGCGUCAGGACCUUUUCACGGCCAAUUUCCAUCACGUGACAUUAAUAGGCCCUCCCACACCUCCUGGUACCAUAAGGUUUCCUACAAUACUUACUAUAGGGAUCUGUGGCGCUACUAUGUACGGGAACUGCAAGUUCAGGCAGCAUGAGAAUUACGAGAAGUACCCGGAUUUGCCUAAGCUUCCUCCUCCUAGCUUUUCAACGGCUGCGUGAAAUUGAAAACCCAUCAUUUUCAACAAAAUAUACUGCGUUAUAAAUAAUUAAAUAAACAAUAAAAUUGUUCGAUGGCAGGAUUAGGACACAGGAUCUCUAACACAAAAGCUCGAUAUUGAUACCGUUACGCCACAAACAAGCGCAAUCGCUCUAAUUACUAGUGAUUGUGCGUGUUCGCCGAGUCUUAUGGCCUUCUGCAUUUAGAAAGGUUCGUGACCAUUUGAAAGUUCGGCCAAUGAAGGCAGAUAACGCGUAGUAAACAAAGCCGCAAGAACGCUUGAAGCCACAAGCACCAAGAUCAGACAAAUCCAUGUACCAAACAACAUUGCUAUGGUGGCUGAGCGAUCGUAGCGCCAGAGUUGCUUUUAGUAAUUAUUGCAGGACACUCUAUGCCUGGUACCAGCAGUGAGUACCUCCUCAUACCGUAUCCUACUUCGUGACGGAAAAUAGGAUGGCCUACAACGCGAGGUUCCUACACAUCUCUCAUGUUUUCUGCUCGAAGUUAUCGGCCGCUGGUGUCAGUGAGUAUAAAGAUAGACACGCUUCGUACUCUUGCACCGUUGCUUGGCCUGCCAAUGCGAAAGGGCCACGCCCAAAUCUUGCUUGUGUCCCAACCUUGUCGAUGGGUUCAAUGACCACAACGCUAAACUUACAGAAAAAAACAUUUUUUUGCUCACUUGUGAUAACUCAUUAAUUUCGUACGCGCGUAUACGCUCUGCGUGAAUUAUGUACACAGGCUCUUUAUGUUGUUGUUUUUUUCGUCUCUUUCGUGUUGCUUCGUUUCUGUUUUCGCUAAUUGCUCUAGGCAAUCUCUGUUGUAUUAUUAUCUGGCUGUUUAAUAAAAGGGACAGUGAUGAUUGAAAUAUCUGUGGAUGAACUUCGUUUUAAUCUCUCUUUCUGUCUCACUUUUGUCGCGUAAAACUAUAAAGCGCACUUUGCGACUAAGAUGUCUACAAAGAAAUUCCACAGGCAAAACCGCCAGCAUAUCGUGUUUUCCGUUUUCCUACUGCAUUCCUGAGGGUUCAUUCGGUGAAUCAGCUCUGUUUCCAGUUAAGCCUUCGUGUCAAGCUGAAAUAGCGCUUGACUGAUGUUCUUAUUUGAUCUUGUACUCUUUUUCAUUUGCCAUCUAGGAGUGUACCGUUGCGGUAAUGUCAGAGAUUUAAGUUUCUAACAUUCGCAGCUCUAAAGAAAUGACUAAAUCAGUCGGUACGCUGAACUGUGUAUUUAGACAUGUAAGCAAACAAACAAAAGUAUAUUGAGCGUUCGCUUUAAGGGGUGGUUUGCUUACGUGGAAAAGGUGUGCAAUGUCUGCGAUGUCAUCACAUGGGGCUUAGUGCGGGAAAAGGCGUUUGUGUGAUUCUUCUCCUGUUUUCUAGCUGAGUGCUUCUUCACUUUCAUUCCCCUCGCAUUACGCCUGAGUGCUCACCCGUUCAUUUGAGGCCAUAUUUGAAACCCUUCGGGAACCCUUUAAUUUUGCAACCCGAAACUUUCCUCCAAUAACUUCUCAUCGGGUGCGUUCUUCUGUACUUAAUUCUUGGGAUCUUUUUCUCUUCUUGGGCCGAUCAGCAGCUUUCAGUUAGCACCACAAAUGACGCCUGCAGGGGUCUUUUGAAUUGUAUUUUGUACCUGCAACUUUUUAUCUGUAUAGGGAUCGCCAGUGCGAAAAUAAAUACCUAGUCGAUAUUCUGACUGCAGCAGUACUGGAGGGGUAUCAGCUGGAAUGUGAUUUGUUGACGAGUUCUAAAACAGUUCAUGUGUUCAAGAAAAUGGCACGUGAUACGCGUUUCAUUUCAGAGGCCGGUGCAAGGAUUGUUCCUCAGUUAAGGGGGCACUUAAAGCAUGCUUUAAGCGCUAGUCUGUAGAACUGACUAAGCAAACGCUAGCCACGACCUUUUAACAUACGAUAAUAAAGUUCUUGCGUGUCAAGAGCCUUUCUUCGCUAAAUCAGCGGAAAUUAAUGGACUUGCGAAAAUAAAGGGUUCUGCGGUGACGGAGUUGACUUUCUCUUAAGCCCUAUGCUCACUCACAUUGUUCUGCUAUUAAAACUGAACCAACUGUACAACAAACGAUAUUAAUAAAGAUUAUCUGUGCGCAUUGU